CCUGUGUCACGAACAGCUGAUUGCCGGCUUGAAUUUGUUGUGUUGGUGCUUUUACGUAAUAAUUGUUGUUUUUUGCCGAGUAAGACUGUUGAAUAGCUAAAAAUAAUGCUGAGACAUUGCCUGGUGGCUCUGAGAGGAGCAAGGAGCAAUUUGUCCCUUCAAACUACUCUACAUUUGCCUCCAAAAUGCACCCCAGUCGGAUCACAACGAUUCUUCAGCAGCAGCAGCGUCCCGACAAUUGGAAUUGUGGAAUACGAUGUGGUCAAGAAGCUGCCCCGGGAACCACAGAAGCUUCUCAUAGACGUAAGGGAACCAGAUGAGCUUACGAAGACUGGCCAAAUCCCCUCCAGCAUCAACAUACCCUUGGGCAUUGUCAGCCAAGAGCUGUCUGCCAGCAAUGAAGUCUUCAAGUCAAAAUAUGGUCGCGAGAAGCCACAAGCCAACACAGAGAUCAUAUUCCACUGUAUGAUUGGCAAGCGAAGCCUGAAGGCUGCCGAAGCAGCCGCCGCCCUUGGCUUCAAGAAUCUGAAAAACUACGAAGGAUCCUGGACGGAUUGGGCCAAGCGGGAAGGAUUGCCAAAAUAGAAAAACGAAUAACAAAUGCAAUACAAUUUCAAUUUAAAUAAUACUCUAUUUUAUUGAAUUAAAUUCAUAUUCUAAAGA